ACGUGGUAUAAAUAGAUAGAGUAGCUGAUUUAUCAAACAACAAAAAAUCAAAGAAACAAUGGCGAGAGCAAUCGGGAUCUUACUCUUUCUGGUGCUGAUCGCAUUGGGUUCAGCUUAUGCAAAAAAGUCAGAUGAUGUGAAGGAGUUGCAGAUCGGUGUUAAGUACAAGCCAACAUCUUGUGAGAUCAAAGCUCACAAAGGUGACAAAAUCAAGGUCCACUAUCGGGGACAACUCACAGAUGGGACUGUUUUCGACUCCAGCUUUGAAAGGGGCGAUCCCAUAGAGUUUCAACUUGGUGGCGGCCAAGUGAUCAAAGGUUGGGACCAAGGGCUGUUGGGAAUGUGUGUGGGCGAGAAGAGAAAAUUGAAAAUACCAGCAAAGCUCGGUUAUGGCGAGCAAGGAUCUCCUCCAACAAUUCCAGGUGGAGCAACUCUAGUAUUUGACACUGAGCUUGUUUCUGUGAAUGGAGCACCAUCCAGCGGAGCUGAAGACAUUGACGAAGACCUAGAAGCCUUUGAUGAAGAACUAUAGACUGGAAGAUCACUAGUUUAAGUUUACGGGCAAAGUAGACAUAUAUAAUGUUGUUAGAUCAUUGAGUUUCCCACAGUAGUUUUUUGUUGAACACACCAUUCGAGUAGGAUGUCCAACUUGUCAAACCUCAGUAAAGUGAGAGAUCAGUAAUUUCACUCGUAUUUGAAAUGGGAAAAUAACUUGUAUCCUUUUUUUUCCAA